AUGACUUGUGAUCACAGGCGCAAUAACACCCCCCGAGCCUGGAUGCAGAAUACAAACCCCGUUGCCAGGAAGGACGGUGGCCCCAACUCGCAACAGAAUGGUGCCUCUAGGAAAUUUAAUAUGUCCCCCAAGCCAUCCGCUAGCAAAGAGUCUAGCACCCCUGAUAUGCAUGCCCAUGAUCGCUUGAUCUUCCUGAUGACUGCAUUCAUUGGCGCCAACACAAUAAUUACUACCAAAAGCGGAGAGAAGUAUUCAGGAAUCUUUUCUGGCUCUGUCCUUGAGUCUAACGAGACGUCGUUUGUCUUGAAAAUGACACGACUUUUCUCCCUUGAACAGGAUUCGGUUCAACCGAAUGGCACGAGCAACCACACUUCCCCCUAUGUCGGUCCCGGGCCGGAUCAUAAAAUGGUUUUUGAUGCACAGGAUGUAGCGGACGUUGCUGUGGAAGGCGUUUCUACAUCCGGCAUGGUGCCAAAGGAGCAGAACGCUUUCCGCACCGAUACCGACAUCUCCGGAAACCAGCCAGGACGUGAGAGAGAACUUCAGCGGUGGGAACCCGGGACAGAUGCCGUUGUGGAAAUGUCCCUUGAGGCUUCAGGUUCAGCCGGAACAUGGGAUCAGUUCGAGACCAAUGCCCGCCUUUUUGGAGCUACUUCUAGCUACGACGAGAAUUUGUAUACCACACGGAUCGACCGCAGCGACCCUUCCUAUAAACGGAAGGAGGCUGAAGCUGCUCGAAUUGCUCGCGAAAUCGAAUCCACCGACACCGAUAACAUCCAUAUUCGCGAAGAGCGCAACCUGAUUCAUCCCCAGGAUGAUAUGGGUGAAGAGGACAAAUAUAGCGGUGUCCGUCGUGGUGAUUUCCCACCAUUGCAGACUGGCGGGCCCAAUAAAUAUACCCCACCCGCGCGAAGACCGCCAAUGGGUCAUCCCACAGUCCCAGGUGCUCCUGUUGAUCCUGCUAUUAUUUCAGCUCAAGUUGCACAACCGAGAUUAGCUCCUACCAAAUCAGCUAGUCAUACCUACAGAGAAGCUGAGCAAAAGCUGCCUGAUAAACCAACGGAUGUUGUAACCUCGAAGGAUACAAGUCCUGAUGCGAAUAAACCGACAGAUCUUCCGAAGCCAGCAUCAACUUCUGAGCUUCCUGACACUGAGGGUAAGCAUACAGCUGUUAAACCUAUGCCAAAUUUGACUAUUCCCCCCAAGCGUACCAAUAUGGAAAAUGCAGCCACCAACGUCGAGACAGAGGUCCUCGACCAAUUCCGUCAAUUUGCUAACAGCGAGAAAUUGAAAUUACAAGAACGUCGCCGGAACCAAGCCCAGUAUGACAGAACUAUUAAACUUAAUGAACUUGUGAAAUUCAGCAAGAAUUUCAAAUUGGGCACCCCAGUCCCGAAAGAUUUGGUACCAAUUCUAGCCAAGGACCCGAACAAGCAAGAAGAGAUUGUGCAAAAAGCCAGAAAACAGCACGAGGAGAAGCUGGCGAGCGAAGCUGCUGCAAGGGCGGCUGCCGUCGCUUCAGCUUCUGCGACUGCGGUAACAGCAACAACAACAACCUCUUCCACCCUUACAGAACAAAAGCAAGCUACUCGCCAAACCGGACCCACUGGCAAUUCUAGGUAUGACGUGGCUCCCACAUCCGCGACACAAACACUUGAUCGUCCAAUGUAUCCACGCGGGCGCCAGGGCUAUCCGCCUGUCGGGCCUCAAAGCGGCCGCCCUGCAUCCCAUUUACCCUCCCAUCCAGGCCGUGCUGGAUCAGGAAUGCUCAGUCAUCGUCUAGCAGAUAUUCAGCAGCAACGCAAAGGCGCGGCGAUGGGUAAUGUUCCCGCAGCUCUUCCUAUUAAUGAGUCUCGCGCGCCGCCUAGCGGCCCAACGAAUAACGGAGACCAGGUUAAUGUCCAGAAAUCCGCUCCGCCUCCCAGCUCAGCUGUUUCCACCAAGUUUAAUGCUCAAGCCCUUGAGUUUAAACCUAACCCCACUGCCCAUACAUUUACUCCCGCCACGACAUCAGCUGUUUCUUCUAGCCCAGCGUCUAAUGUUCGAACUGGCUCUAUUUCUCGUGCAGCGAGCCCCUCUGCAUUCUUUGGCAGCAAAAAGCUUACUCCUGCCGCAGAGAGACCGAGCCUUGAUGAUCAUUUUAAUCCAGUCAAAAGGGCGAAGAAGGACGCCACAGAACAAAGCGUAAAGGAUUUUGCAUUCAACGGUGGUAUCCCACCAGCAUAUAAAACACCACCGACAUGGGAAGUUACAUCUAUUAAUCAAGAGAAGACCUACGUCGACAUGUUCAAAGCAUCGACCAGCGCACCUUCAGCCUCACCACAGACACGCUCGGCCUCAAAUCCACAAAUCCAACCCCAUCAAAACCCAAUGCCUUUCCAUCUUCAGCAAGGCAACCAAAACACUGCACCCAAUAAUGGACCUCCUCACGGCCCUCAUCAUCAUCUUCUUCCUCCGCAACACCAUCAAGGAGGACAGCCUCACUAUGAAGACCAUCGCAUGCAGCCAUCUGCCUCGGCUUCUCAUGCAUACCCUUCACCUCGGCUUCAGCACUCCCAUAUGCCCUAUCAGUCACCAAUGGCUCCCCAUGCCCAGUUGGUAAUUGGACAAGGCAUGCCUCAGUUUUAUGUUGGGCAAGGUCCUCAACCUCCACAUAUGAGACACUAUCCUGGCGCUCCGCAAUUUGUCAACCCCCAGAAUGGUAUGGGGGCUCCCAUGAUGGUUCAUCAGCCAUCUAAUGGCCCUUACAUGGGUAUACCGCAAGGUAUGGGGGCUCCAUAUAAUCCACAGAUGCAAAUGUAUUCCCCAAGCCCAGCCCAUGCCUACCCCCAACAUGUGCAACCUCCUCCACAACCGCAUAGUGGCUAUCCAAGCCCCAGCCGUGGCGCACCUAUGAUGAUUCAUCAAGGUUCCCAGCAAGGGCAGCCGCCCCAACCUGUGAUGUCAAUGAAUCCCGGACAGCAUGGGCAGCCGUUUUACCCUCCUCAACAGCCAGGUCAUAUACCUGGAGGUCGUCCUGGUCAUCCUCAGCAACACCCCCAUUUCGCCUCCAGCCCGAACCAGACACACCACUACCCACACCACCAAUACCGAGCGCCUAGUUCCAAUCACAGUUACAUGCCACAUAUCCCUCCGCCACACAUGCAUUCCCAAGGCCCACCGCAGGGGCCUACAUCUAACGUGCAUAAUAGUGAAGCGAAUGAAGAAGUCAAAUGA